AUGGACUGGGGAAAUGCGAUUGUUAAAGAAAUCAAAAAGGACAAAAAUGGAAAUGUGACAGAGUUAAUUGGGGUUUUGCAUCUUGAGGGAUUGUUUAAGACCACUAAACUGAAACUCACGUGGUUGCCUGACACUAACGAGCUUGUUCCAUUAACUCUAGUGGAGUUCGGAUACCUAAUCACGAAAAAGAAGCUGGAAAAAAUGAAGAGGAUAUUGUUCCAGUGGCGAACAAGGAUACAAAGAAAGAGGUUGGGGGUGUUGGGGAUUCAAAUAUGA